GUCCAUAUACUCAUCAUCUCCUCUUGGCGCUCUGGUUCUUCAUUCCUUGGAAGCAUCUUCAACAAUCACCCGGAGGUAUUCUACACCUUUGAGCCAGGACACCCCAUCUGGAUGAAACUAUUGUAUGAGCGUGCUGAGCUCCUCUAUUACCCUGUCAGAGACCUUAUACAUUCCUUAUUCAAGUGUGAUGUUUCUCCUCUCUAUUCCUACCUUCCACGAGGAGGAAAGCAACUCUCCGAGUUCUCGUUCUUUGCAGAGAGUCGAGCUCUAUGUAUGCAUCCAACCUGCCUGUCCUCUAAUACAUCAGCCAGUUAUAACCGUCUUCAUUGCCUUCACGCAUGUCGAGGCAAACCUCUGAUAACCAUUGAAGAGACUUGUAGAAACUAUAGCCACAUAGCAAUGAAAACAGUUCGCAUCUUGGACCUUAAUGUUCUCAUCCCACUCCUCCAAGACCCUAAGCUUGACCUGAGAAUAAUCCACCUAGUUCGAGAUCCGCGAGCUGUUUCUUCAUCAAGGAAGCACGUAAACCUUAAAAUUGAUGAUGAGAUUGUGUGUAGAGAUCCCUUAGGUAAUGGAAAACAAAACAACAAAAAACCAAACAUUACUGAAGUCAUGGGCAAGAUCUGCAAAUCACAGGUUGCCAUGCAUAAAGUGGGCAGAGAUGCCAAAUAUUUUUCACCAGAGAAUUACAUGUUAGUUCGCCAUGAAGAUUUGGCAUUGGAUCCCUUGCCUAACGUCAAUAAAUUGUAUUCUUUUAGUGGCUUGGGUAUGACACCAGAGAUUAAACAUUGGGUGUAUAAUGUAACUCACAAAGAUAGUUCUUCGGAGCCUGGUGGGUUCAGGUCAUAUUCCAGGCAAUCCAUAAAAGUCACUCAGAAUUGGAAGAGGAAAUUAAAGUUCAAGAUAAUAAAGGAAAUCCAGGAAGUUUGCAGAGAGGCAAUGGAGCUGUUUGGGUACCAACCUGUAGAGUCAGAAUCUGAUCUUAGAAAGUCAAUUGGGUGGGAGAGGAAUUAAUACAACAAAUAAAGAGUUAAUGGUAAACGUAACUCUAUUUCCAACAGUAAG